ACAGGGCACUGAACUCCAUCAUCCGGGGACCUGAGGUCCAACAUCCAGGGAACUGAGGAUCAACAUCUAGGGCACUGAGGUCCACCAGAGGGAGGGGAGGACUACUCUGAGGAUCUCAGGUAUGGUUACCACCAACGGGGCGCGCGUGCUGCAGUGGGCAGCCGUGUCAGGUGGGCUGCCCACCUCCGAGAUCACCUUCGCCAAGAUCCUGCAGGAGCAGGGAUACGCCACCGGCCUCAUAGGCAAAUGGCACCUGGGCCUCAACUGUGAGUCCCCCACUGACCACUGCCACCACCCCCUGAACCACGGGUUUGACUCCUUCUUCGGGGUCCCCUUCACCCUGAUGGGGGACUGCCUGCAAGCGGAACCCUCAGAGAAGCGAGCGCGUCUGCAAGGGCCCCUGGAUCUGGGGGCGCAGCUGCUGCUGCUUUCCCUGCUCUGCCUGGCCGCUGGGAAGCUCACGGGCCUGCUGGGCCUGCGCUGGGUGCCCUGGGUGCUGGGCCCCGGAUGUGGGGCCUUGCUCCUGGCCUGCACCUCCCGCAUCCUGGGUGUCUUCAUCGUCCAUGCCGACUGCUUCCUGAUGAGGGAUCACCAGGUCGUCCAGCAGCCUCUGAGGUUCGAGGCCAGCGCGAGGCUCUUCUUGCGGGAGGCUGAGGCCUUCAUCCACAGGCACCAGGCCCGCCCCUUCCUCCUCCUCAUCUCCUUCCUCCACGUCCACGUCCCGCUGGUCACCUCACCUGCCUUCCGGGGCCGCAGCGCGCACGGCGCCUACGGCGACAACGUGGAGGAGCUCGACUGGAUGGUGGGGCGACUGCUGGCGGCGCUGGACGGCGCGGGGCUGGGGCGCCGCACCCUCGUCUACUUCACGUCGGACCACGGUGCCUCACUGGAGGCCCGGGCUGGGGGCGCCCGCCUCGGGGGUUCCAACGGCGUGCACCGAGGUGGCAAAGGCAUGGGCGGCUGGGAGGGCGGCAUCCGGGUCCCUGGACUGGUGCGCUGGCCCGGGACGCUGCCCGCAGGGCGCCUGGUGCUUGAGCCCACCAGCCUUAUGGACCUGUUCCCCACCGUGGUGCGCCUGGCCGGGGGUUGGGUUCCAGCGGACAGGGAGGUGGACGGCCGGGACCUGAUGCCCGCGCUGCUGGGGACGGCGCAGGCCGCAGGCCACGACUUCCUGCUGCACUACUGCGAGGCCCGGCUGCACGCCGUGCGCUGGUUCGACCGCCCAAGCCGCACGGUGUGGAAGCUGCACUUCGCCACUCCGCGCUUCGACCCGCCGGGCUCGGGCGCCUGCCUCGGUUUCCCUGCCUGCGCCUGCUCGGGGCGGCGAAUGACCCGCCACCGGCGGCCACUGCUCUUUGACCUGACGGCGGACCCGGGGGAGACCCGCCCGCUGCAGGGCCCGAUGGCGACGCGCAGGCGCGUGGAGGCCGCGGUGGCCCGGAUGCUGCGCACGCGCCGCCCCCGCGCGGCCCCGCCCCUCGCCCCUGCACACAACACCUGGAGCCCGCGCCUGCAGCCCUGCUGCGUGCCCGGACUGCUCUGCGCCUGCGACCGCCUGAUCCCGGACCUCUGA